AUGCCGAACCCAAAGAAAUGGACCUUCGACAUUGAUAGGUUCAUUAAUCCCUACAUUCCACCGCCGCCAUGGAAACACCUCCCAUACCCCAUCGCCUACAUCUUUGGAUACCGUCACCAAAAACCCAGUAGUAUUGGAUCCAUACUCCCAGUAAUCUGGGCAUUUAUCGGCAUUUUCAUCUCACUAUCUGUAAUUGAAUUGGCUUCAGAACGUAUACCUUCUUUCGUUGAGAGAGGCGCUCCUAUUAUUGUCGGGUCUUUUGGUGCGGGCGCUGUUCUCGAGUUCUACGCUAUUGAAUCCCCCCUCGCACAACCGCGCAAUUUCUUCGUCGGUCAGCUAAUUGCUGCUGUGGUCGGCGUCAGUAUCGGCAAGCUCUUCCUCCUCAGUGACAGCUUCUCCUCCAUCCAAUGGCUGGGUGGCGCCAUCUCUUGCGCGACGGUAACGUCCAUCAUGGCUCUUACAAAAACAAUCCACCCACCCGCUGGUGCAACUGGCCUUCUCGCCGUGGUUGAUGACCGACUUCUCCGCCUGGGCUGGUUUUUCAUCCCUGUGGUGUUGUUCAACUGCACAAUCAUGUUCGGAGUGGCACUUCUCGUGAACAACAUCCAGCGCGCGUACCCUGUGUAUUGGUGGACGCCUGAGAACCUUCGUGCCGAGAAGACCGAAGGAGAGAGGGAGAAACCGGCGGAUGUGGAAAAGGGGAAGCCGAGUGAGGUGGUACCCGACGACGGAAGCGAUUCGGAUAGGCACGAGAGGCACGACGGCAAAGAGAUUGUUCUCAAGCCUGGUGGUGUGCUUGCCUUGCCCCAGGACCUCUUCCUUAUGCAAGAGGAGCUACAGCUAUUGGAGGAGAUUGCCAACCGGCUGUAG